AUGAGCAAAGCACACCCUCCUGAGUUGAAAAAGUUCAUGGACAAGAAGCUUUCGCUCAAACUAAAUGGAGGCAGACACGUGCAGGGCAUCCUUCGAGGGUUUGACCCCUUUAUGAACCUGGUGGUGGAUGACUGUCUGGAAAUGGGACCAGGAGGACAACAGCAUACCAUUGGCAUGGUGGUCAUCCGAGGUAACAGCAUCAUCAUGUUGGAAGCUUUGGAAAGAGUAUGA